AUGCUAGAUUUCGAACUCGUCGGGAAACAGAAGGUUAUUAAUUUUUCUUACGAUCCCCCUGUAACUUCUUUGAAGGCUCCUUCUUCUAUUGACUGCCCCCCUUCCCUCUCUCAAAUAAUCUGUCCACCAACCCUAGCAGCGAAUAGCUCUUCAUCAAUACUCCCUACACUACGCACUGCACACUCUCUCUUAGUACCCAUUAUGUGGUUGUCGGAUGUGCAAAAGUUUGGAGUUGGGUUUUGCGCUGGAGGAAUUUUUUUCUUUCUCUUCGGCAUCAUGAUGUUCUUUGACCGAGCGAUGUUGGCAAUGGGUAACAUCCUCUUCGUUGUCGGCAUAUCCUUAUUCAUGGGCCCAAAAAAGACAUUUUCUUUCUUCGCGCGUAAGGAAAAGUUCCGUGGGACAGCAUGUUUCUUGCUGGGUGUUGGAUUGAUAUUGGCAAAGUACCCACUCAUCGGGUUUUGCAUUGAACUUUACGGCAUCUUGAACUUGUUUGGCGAUUUCUUUGGGGUUAUAAUUGGGUUUUUAGGGUCCGUGCCUGUGAUUGGGCCCUAUUUGGAGGGACCAUUACGAAGGGUUACUGGCGCUACACAACAGCUACCCGUCUAAGAAACCGGCGUUACUAGCUUCUCUUUCCUCUUAUGGCGUUUAUGGAAGGGGUGGUCUUCGUUCGGGUAAUCAGAGCUGUGUAUCUUUGACGGUAUAUAUAUCAUGUUGGCGAGCGCGUGGCUUAGAGGUUCGGGUUUAUGCAUGCAGGCAGAAUUUAAUGUUUAAUAGAGCCCCGAGGGCCAGUCGACCGGAAGUAGUGACACAGUUUUCGUGUGGGCCUCCGGGCAAUGAAGAGCAGCACAGGGACGGGUAGGACAGGCAGAAAGAAACACAAAAGCCAUGAAUACAAAAUG